UGUUCAAAGUGCGGCAUCCGGGUGCUGAUUGUGUAUAGUUUAAUCUUUUGGGUUUUGCUUGUCUGUUCACCUGCAGAAAAAACUAGCUCUCACACGAUCUUGCCCAACUCGGACUCGAUUUUGCGAAAGUGCUGGUCCUUUGGCUUUCUUAUAGUGCUCUGUUCGGUUUGUGCCCGUCUUGCUGGUAGUCGUACCUCGCAAUGGGCAUGACAAUUGCCAAAUUCUAUACCCUUAUUAAUGAGGGCGCGUUUUAGUAGCUAAAUGUUGAUAUGGGGGAGCGUAGAAAGCAUCAGUCAGGGUGCUGGUUUCAGUUUUUCAUGAUUUUGGUAAUCGAAGACUGAUUCGCAAGUGCGAAAGAUUUCGUGUCCCGGCGGUCUUUCCAGUGCGUUUUCGUGUAAUCGGAUUCAAAGGAUGCUGUGAUUGAAGUCACAUUCUAUCCUCUCACACGGAUUCUCUGCUUCACGACGUCAUUCAAAGCAACUCAACGAUAUUGCAAACUAAAUCCGUCUUUGAGCACUCUGAUACAAGUGACGCUACAAAAUUCUUAUUUGACACUUUUGUAGCAAGCCAUUGAUUUGCAUAGUUACCAUUUUAAAAUUAUGAUGACUUUUGUAGUCAGGAGCUAGGAACCAUUUAUCGCGGUCUCUCUCUCUCUCUCUCUCUCUCUCUCUCGUAAAAAGGUGCAUCCAGGUAUAGCUAAGAAUAAGGAUAGAUAGCAACAGCGAAUGUUUUGCAUAUUGUAAAGUAAUGUCAAGUGUACCUGCUGAUCAACAAGGAGAGGCCAGGGUGACACUGUAGGCGACAAGCUGCGAAUAUCAUAUGCUUUGAGCAUCGUUGGCUAUGGAGUCUCUGGCUUUUACCACCUUAGCGGCGACAUCCUUCAGCUCCAGGAUAUCCAAUUCACAGCCCAAAUUCUGUCCAGAAGGUUGCGUGAAGUGCAGCCCAGUGUCUUUGUCUCUUUGGUCCUCAUUUCUCUCUUCGUUAAAGAGAUCUGAAUGCUCCUCCUCAUCGACGAGUUUCAGGGAAUCACUAUUAUAUGGAGAGCAGUUCAAGGCUGUCGAGAAAGUAUGUACAGUUAGAACCAACAGAAGGAUAUCUAUGCGAAGCGCUCGAGUGGCUUUCGUGGAUCAAUGUGGCUCCGAUAAUUCCCGGGACUCGAAUGCACAUAUGACGAAUGAGCAGGAUCCCAAACGAUUGACCAAUGGUCAUGCUACAUCUAUACAAGCACCAAUGGAGGAUGUAUCAGCGCGAGGGAUGGAGUUGAACGGAAUAUCCUCGAACAGAGUCACCACCUCUUCGGUAGUUGAGAAGACCAUUGUGACAGAAAAAAAGAACGUGGACGUUGAUGAACUUUGGCUUGAAAUUAUAGCGGAAGCCCGGCUGGAAUCGGAGAAAGAGCCUGCUCUUGCCUCGUACUUCUACUCAUCGGUCAUAUCUCACAAGUCUUUGGAGCGUGCUCUGGCAUUUCAUCUCAGUAACAAGUUGAGUAACCCCACUCUCCUUAGCACCCAGCUCUUUGGUCUCAUUGUGGACAUCUUCAACAGUGAUGUGGCUAUACGACGCGCCAUAAGAGAAGAUUUGAGAGCAGUUAGGGUCAAGGAUCCUGCAUGCUCCUCGUACUGUCACUGUCUCUUGUACUUCAAAGGCUUUCUCGCAUGCCAAGCGUACAGGGUCUCACACUGGCUCUGGAACAAUGAUCGGCCGUCUCUUGCAUUCUUAAUGCAAAGCCGUGUGUCUGAGGUGUUUCACGUGGAUAUUCACCCUGCUGCCACAAUUGGUUCCGGCGUCCUCUUCGAUCAUGCCACAGGGCUGGUCGUGGGUGAGACUGCCAUCAUUGGAAGCAACGUCUCCAUUCUGCACAACGUUACUCUAGGAGGGACAGGCUUGCUCGGUGACCGGCACCCGAAGAUUGGAGACGGUGUUCUCAUUGGUGCAGGAGCCAUUCUGCUUGGUAACAUUGUGAUAGGAGAGGGCGCUAAGAUUGGCUCUGGAUCUCUUGUGCUUAUCGACGUCCCACCUCAUACUACAGCUGUGGGAAAUCCUGCACGCUUAAUUGGUGGCAAACAAAGUCCCACAAAGUUGAAGGACAUCCCCAGUGAGACAAUGGAUCACACUAUCAAAGGCUGGUCCGACUAUGUCAUCUGAAUCAAAUUAGGUCUCCACUUAAUUUUAGUUAUAUCCCCAUUAGGAUUUCUGGGAUUUGAUGCACGUUGCACGUAACGAUUGUCAUUGCGACAUGCAUUGAUUCCUCAAGGUAAUGAUCAGUUAGUCUUUUUUGUGCCAAUUUACUCGCUGCAUAUUUACUAGUGACAACUCUUAAGCUAGUUACAGAACUGGUGUUUCCUGAAUCUGUUUUUCGUUGUCGUCUUGCUUCUGUUAGGCAUGUAAAAGUUUGAAUUUUUUUCC